CGACCGUCAGUCGCAUCGGGUUAGAGCGGUGCUGCGGUUCUGUUUCCGCCCAGCCACAGCCGAGGGGACAAAUGUUGACAAAUGCACCACGCACUUAUUUCGGUCCCGUCAUUUUCAUGUUUGAGUAGAUACAUAAGAUAAAGGGGAUCAGGAGGAACCCUAGCCAUUGCUUUUUCCCCCCUCUCCUGUUGAUAACCGCUGUUGUUGAGCUUUACAAUAUUUCCUUGACCAUGAGUGCACGAAAACGGGUUAUAUCUUCUUGCGUACCCUGCUAUACUAGAAAACAAAAGUGCAAUCGGGAAUACCCAUGCAAUCACUGCGCGCGCCGACAAUGCACCGAAGACUGCGUCUAUCACUCCACGACCGAGACCCAGCCGUCGAGUCCGGGUGUGCUACCCGAGUCUCAAGCAGAGGAUAGGUCGAGAGAGAGUGCGGCGAAGAAUCAACGGGGUCGGCAACUAUCAGGCCCACGAAAUGAGUGGAAGACGCGGCAGUCCGCCAAAUCUGUGACCCCCACGGCGCCAUGGUCUGGUCCAUCGCUCGCCGAAUCGUUUGGUUACUCCGAAGGUAGCGCUACCAACACGCUGGCCCUGAUACAGAGGCUUGGGCUGGCCGGCCCCGACGGCGCUGGUGGCAACUCUCCCACCCUCAGCCCGGAAGCCGCUGACGAGGUCCAUCGCAACAUGGAACGGAUGCCCGAUCAUCAGAUCGUCGAUUUUCUAGUACAAUACUUUGUAGCUGAGGUUAACUGGAUGGACCAAUUAGUGCACGUUCCCUGGUUCCUACCAAAAUAUCAUUCGUGGUGGCUCCUGGAACGGGUGACACUCGUGGCCGAAGCCGACUUCGUCAUCCUGAUCUUGCGCAUUUGCUCAUACACCUUGCGCUUUCUUCCAUCCCCCGGCUACCCGCUCGACAAAAUCCGCGGAGUACUACUCUCCGACGUGCGCAACAUGUGCGACGAGACAGUCGAGAACCUCGCCACCAUCAGCACAGCAGCAGACAGCCGAGCUUCCCUGAUCCGAGUCCAGCAUCUGGCCUUCCUUGGCCUUCAACACCAGGUGGAAGGAAGGACUAGCGCUUUCUGGGAGGCGCUGAGCCGCGCCAUCCGGGUCGCGCAGAACGUCGGCUUACACCGGGAAUUUGCCGCAAGGCCAUGGGAAGGUGUCGAUAAGACCGUCCGAGAGAUGGAACGCAGGACGUUCUGUAAUCUCUAUGUUUGGGACAGUCUGCUUUCCCGCCAGCUCGACCGCAUCCCCGUUUUCCCGGGACGCCUUCGCCCGGGGAACCGGCCGCAGCUUCACCUCCUCCGGAACGGAGACGGCAUAGAACCGGCCGCCGUUGAUGCGCCCGAUCAAUUCACCGAACGGUUCCUCCAAGCUGAGCUAGCCGAGUUCUGGCGCGGCGUCGGUCCUAUACAGGGGACUGAGUACGACAUGAUGUCCGCCGAAGAGCGAUAUGACAAGUUUUGCCGCCACUACCCCGCGCAGUUGCCGCCGCCUUUCGCCCUCGCAGACCCCGACGAGACGUGGGACAAACGGUUUCCCAAGCUGCCGUUGCAGCGGAAGCUCCUCCACAUGGCCAUUUACGAGUCGAUAUGUUGGAACUUUCGGCCGCUGCUCGUGGCGCGGCCCGGCGCCAUCCACGCAUGCAGGUCCAUGUUGUUGAGCUUACAGAAGAGGAAACUUGCCGCCGCGGCACUGUAUGUCCUGGAAAGCGCCACGCAGGUACACGCCUUGUUCGGGGGUUGCCUCACCCGCCUUUCCGGGCUCGUGUUUUCAACCUUCGAGGCGGCAGUCCUCCUUGUGUCUCUGUCCAUGGACCCAAUGUUCCCCGAAGAAAUCCCCCAGCACCACAUCCCUCCACCCGGGACCCUCAAGACAGACCCCUUACAAGCGCGAAUGUACGUCGUCACGCAGCUCGGGUGUUUGCAGGCUGCAAAAGCAGCACUUCAGCGCCUAAAGAUGCUUUCCGCAGUGAGCAACAUGGCCGAUGUAGGAGCGAGUACUCUGGCCCAGCUCCUGGGGAGAGCCUCAGAGCUUAGAGCACACGCCGAAGAGGCCGCAGACGUGGCGGCCAUGGCGGCCCAUAAUCAGAGCAUGGGGAAUAUGAACACCACAGGAUGCGCGACCACGGCUAUUGCGGCGACGGCUGCGAUGGGAGGCACGUCAGCUGCCGGCGAGGUGGCUUCUUGGGUCUCUGCUGACCUGUCGGAUCUCCGCUCGGUGAGUGACAUUACCUUGAUAGCGGGGACAAUUGCCGCAGGGGAUAUGGCGAGUUGGUCUUCUUUUGAUACCUGGAACAACUAUAUGCAGGACACACCUAUGGAACUUUGGGCGGCGAAUGAAGCAAAUGCUACGUAGGGCCCGAUUAGACGCCGCAAGCGUUAUUCUCUGCGGAGAAUUAGAUGGCCAUACACGAGCAACCGGAUGUCGUAUUAUGUUUGAGUAAAUACAGUUACUUCACAC